AACUUGUUAUUUUACGAAGCUUAGAGUUUUAGGUUAACCCUCUGGUUAGAAUACGACAGGUUUACACAGUCUUAAAAAUUUAGAUUAGUUGUUUGAAGUUAUUGUGUUGUAAGUUAUUGUUUUAUCGAGGAGUGUUAAUUUUGUAUUUAAUAUUAUUUUUACUAUUAUUUAGUGUUUAAAAAUGGAUUACGAACAGAGUGAUUAUGAUGGUGACUCGUAUUAUAACAAUUACGAAGAUAGAUAUUAUGAUGCGGAUCCUUAUGAGCCUAAAAUGCCAGAAAUCAUCAAAAAAUUUUUGUUAUACUUCAGAAAUGCUAUUAAUGAAGGAAUGGUAUAUGAAAUGCAAAACCUUUAUGAAAACACGUUUCCUAAAUUAUCAGAUCAGUUCUUUGAUAAAGCACCAUGGCCAAGUGAAAAGGAACUCCGUAAAAUAAUGGAUGAUGAUAAAACUUUUUUAAUGUUGUACAAAGAAUUGUACUAUCGUCAUAUUUUUGCUCGUGUACCUAAUGGGCCUUCUACAAAACAACGGUUUGGAUCAUUCUAUAACUAUUGUGAUCUUUUCAACUAUAUAUUCAGUGGAUUUAAUCAGCCUAAUUCAAAGAAAGAGACAGCCUGUGAGACACCUGUGCCAUUGGAAUUACCUGACCAAUGGCUAUGGGAAUUGGUUGAUGAAUUUGUGUACCAAUUUCAAUCAUUUACCCAAUUUCGAUCUCGUAGUCGCAAAACUCAAGAAGAGAUUGAUUUGUUAGCUUCUAAUAAUGAAGUGUGGAAUGUUUUACUUGUAUUAAAUGUACUUCAUUCUUUCAUAAACAAGUCAAAUAUAAAACUGCAGUUGGAGGUUUCUGCUACGGGUGGAGAUCCUGAUUCUGUUGCUGGAGAAUUUGGACGUCAUUCAUUAUACAAAAUGUUGGGCUAUUAUUCCAUGAUUGGACUUUUACGUUUACAUAGUUUAUUUGGAGAUUAUUAUUUGGCCAUCAAAGUUCUUGAAAAUAUUGAUAUGCACAAAAAAAAUGCUUACAGUUCAGUACCAGCAUGUCAUAUUUCAACUGCAUAUUAUGUUGGAUUUGCUUACAUGAUGAUGCGCCGUUAUUCUGAUGCUAUUCGUACUUUUAGCUCAAUUCUGUUGUAUAUUCAAAGAACUAAACAAUUAUUCCAAACCCGAUCGUAUCAAAAUGAUCAAAUAAACAAGCAAACUGAUCAGAUGUAUACAUUGUUGGCUAUGUGUCUAGUUUUACAUCCACAGUGUGUUGAUGAAUCUAUUCAGCAAGUAUUAAGGGAAAAAAAUUACACCGAUAGAAUGUUUAAGAUGCAAUAUGGUGAUUUGCAAGAGUUUGAAAAUUGUUUCCAAAUGGCUUGUCCCAAAUUUCUAUCAAUGGAUCCAGCUGAAGACUCUGUUAAAGAAGCGGUUAAGUAUCAAACAUCUGUAUUCAUGGCUGAAGUGAAACAACAAAAAAUGUUACCUACUAUUCGCAGUUAUUUAAAAUUGUACACAACUUUACCAAUUAAUAAGUUGGUUACAUUCAUGGCUCAAGGACAAAGUCAAAGAGAAAACAAUGAUCAGGCAGAUGAUAAAGAAAAUUUAACUAAACACUUGCUUUGCUUUAAACACAAAAUGAAAAAUAUUGUGUGGAAUAAAGGUGCUUCGGGUUUAGAUGGAUACUUCCACUCUGGAUCUGAGUUGGAUUUCUAUAUUGAUCGAGAUAUGAUUCAUAUAGCUGAUACAAAAGUAGCACAUAGAUAUGGUGAUUUCUUUAUUAGAAAAGUUUUGAAGUUUGAGGAGUUAAAUCGAAAACUGAAAUCAAUAAAAGUUUAAAAAUAUAUCUUGUCUGUAAAUAUUUAUACACAUUGUAUUAUUUAUAAAUAAAUACAAAAUCAUUAUCAAUA